GGUAUCGAGGCUAGUGCCACCUCCAGUUUUGUGAUUGUGUCAAAAAUACAGGGUUUUAUUGUUGCAUUUGCAAUUUAAUCCGAUAAAUAUAUAUUUGGCGUGGAGUUAUGCACGAGACGUCGUUGCCAGCGAUUAGAGAGCCGAGCGGCCACACGUUUGGCAUUCGUUAUUAAUUAAAUCAGCCGCCAACAGCUGAGCGAGAGAGCAACAGAGAGCAACAGAGAGGGAGAGCGGCAGGAGAGGAUCCCACUUCCAAUCGAAUCCGAAUCCGGGAAUCGAAAAUCGGAGCAGCGCAGUCGGCAGCGCAGUUAGCAGAGGCUUGAACACCACCAGAAAUCACCGCCCCCUCCUCCUCCGCGUCCGCCGCCACCACCACCACCACCGCCACCGCAUCCCAUCACCAUCAUCUUCAUUAGCAGGCAGCCCGACAGAAUUCCAACCUGCCGUUUCGGCAGCCGGCAAGAUUUCACUAGAUCUAAUGGCCAAGGACGAGGAGGAUGACCUGCUGCCCGACAAGGAUGCGGCCAAGGGCUUCUAUGCCAAAUACGAGCCCAAGGAGAUUUUGGGCAGGGGCAUCAGUUCGACCGUGAGGCGAUGCAUCGAAAAGGAGACGGGCAAGGAGUUCGCCGCCAAGAUCAUCGACCUGGGCGCCACCACAGAGGCGGGCGAGACGAAUCCAUAUCACAUGCUGGAAGCAACCAGACAAGAAAUCUCAAUACUGCGCCAGGUUAUGGGACAUCCCUACAUAAUUGAUCUGCAGGAUGUGUUUGAGUCAGAUGCAUUUGUUUUCCUCGUGUUCGAGCUGUGUCCCAAAGGCGAGCUCUUCGACUAUCUGACCUCUGUGGUGACGCUCUCCGAGAAGAAGACGCGCACCAUUAUGCGACAGAUCUUCGAGGGCGUCGAGUACAUACACGCCAAGAACAUUGUCCAUCGGGAUCUGAAGCCCGAGAACAUCUUGCUGGACGAGAACCACAACGUAAAGAUCACGGACUUUGGCUUCGCCAGGCAGCUGCAAGAGGGCGAGAAACUUACAGAUCUGUGCGGAACGCCGGGAUAUUUGGCGCCCGAAACGCUCAAGUGCAACAUGUUCGAAGGAUCCCCCGGCUACUCGCAGGAAGUAGACAUAUGGGCCUGUGGCGUGAUUAUGUUCACGCUGCUCGUCGGUUGUCCACCUUUCUGGCACCGCAAGCAGAUGGUCAUGCUGCGGAAUAUCAUGGAGGGCAAGUACAGCUUCACCUCGCCGGAGUGGGCUGAUAUUUCAGAGGAUCCGAAGGAUCUGAUACGCAAAUGUCUAGUCGUUGAUCCUGCGCAACGUAUCACCGUCAAGGAAGUAUUAAGACAUCCAUUCUUCAACCAAAUGGUGUUAAUGGGUGACCGCCGACACACGGCCCCGCCCACCGCGGCCGCCCACUCGAGCAGCAGGUACCUGUUCAAUACCGAGGCGCCAUCGUACCGCUUUGGGCAGCUAAACAGUUGCAGUGGCGGUGGCAGUGGCAGUGGCGCCCCCAAUUAUCUGUACUGUGCGCCACAGAGCUCCUACUCGUCGAAUCGAAUGCGCGACGGGCCGCUGGACGAUGCAGCUGCCAGUGCAUCCGCCACCUGCCAUGCCAUGUCAUCCAACGCCUCCUCCACCUCGUACGCCACCAGUGCCAACAGCACCGCCACCGCCGCCACGAACUCGGCCCUGGCAUCUAGCUCCUUGGCAUCCGCGUCCUCCCACAAAACGCUCACGGCGACGGUCUACUAUCAGCAGCAGCCGCAACAGCAUCAGACGCAGCAGCAGCAGUACCAGCAGCAACAGACGACGCAACUGCCGGUGCAGUUGCAGUUGCAACAUCCACAAUUGCAGCCCGGUGGCGAUGGCAAGCAAUCGGUGUAUGCACCUCCUACAGUGCAGCUGCGCAAACAGAGUCGCUUCAACGCGCGCAAAAAGUUCCAAUUCGCCAUACUCGUGAUACGGGCCGUCAUCCGGAUACGGCGGCUGCGCUUCACCGCCGAGCCGCUCCACGUUGAGGAGGCCAUCCGGGAUCCGUAUCGCGUCAAGGUUCUGCGCAAGGUCAUCGAUGGCUGUGCCUUCCGUGUCUACGGACAUUGGGUUAAGAAGGGCGAGGGCCAGAAUCGGGCCGCCCUCUUCGAGAAUACUCCGCGCACCGAGCUGCACGCGCUCUACAUCAACAAUCUCAGCCGAUAGGAGGCGGUCGGGCGGCGGGGCGUGGUCGCUGAGCUACAUAAGCACACACAAAAACACACACAAAACACCCACAAAACCACCCACACUCACAGCAAACAGAAGAAAAAAUAAGCGAAACCCAAGCUAGCAAGCAACCAAGAAACGAAUUAGCAAAAGUUACUAUGAAAAACAGGAAAUUGCGAUUGCAAUGGAAGAAAGAGAGACAGACACACCAAAAAGGAUGCAAUCUAACCAUUCGGAUUCGCCUCGUUCUGGACGGAGAGCCAACUAGUAGCAACAUUACCUCUCUGCCUUCUUCGUCCUUGUGAUUUUGUUGAAAUACUUUUUUUUUAAUUGAUUUUAUUAUGUUUUAUGCGCCAGCCAUCUAGUGUAAUCAGUUAGUAGUGUAGCGUCGAAUCGGGCCAUAUAUUAUAACCAUGCCCAGUGGUGGUGUACCAUAUUACCCGACGCCAGAACGAGCCGAAUCGGAUAUUGGAUAUUGGAUAUCGGAUAUAGAUGAGAUAGGUAGCUAGGUAGAUCCAAACCUUGUCUCACCAUCCUCCAAAAACCCAACUAAGCCCACACAAGCAAGCGUACAUGCAUAUGUAUUUUCUGUUAAUGAUUCUAUUAAAUUAUUUAAUUGUAUUGCUAA